AUGUGGACGAUUCCGAAGCCAAAUUACAGGACUGGUUUCUGCGCCGAGGGGGAGAUUGCUGUGAACAUCGGCGGAGUCCGAGUGGUGCUUUUCGGGGAUAUUUUGAACCGCUACCCGGAGAGCAGGCUGGCGGAGUUGGUGAACUGCUCGACUCAGAACGAUGAAGUUAUCUCGACGCUUUGUGAUGACUUUGAUCCGGGAAGAAAAGAGUUUUACUUUGACCGAGAUCCUGAUGCCUUCAAGUGCAUCAUCGACGUUUACUACUUUGAUGAAAUUCACAUCAAACGCGGAAUUUGCCCCAUCUGUUUCAUCAAAGAGAUGGAGUUCUGGAAAAUAGACCAAAGUGUUUUAGAUGAAUGCUGUAAAAGUUACCUAAAUGAGAAGGAGGAGGAGCUGAAAGAGAUUGCAAACAAAGUGAAAGUAAUUUUGGAGGAUCUGGAGGUGGACCAGUGCAUUACGCGCACCCAGCGGUGCCAGAGGUUCCUGUGGAGGCUGAUGGAGAAGCCGGGGUCCUCCCUGCCGGCGCGCAUCAUCGCCAUCGCAUCCUUCCUCUCCAUAUUGGUCUCGGCGGUGGUCAUGUGCGUGGGGACCAUCCCGGAGCUCCAGGUGACUGACUCCGAGGGCAAACUCGUGGAACACCCGACCCUGGAAGCGAUCGAGACCGUGUGCAUGUUAUGGUUCACGGCGGAGUACCUGCUGCGUCUCGCCUCCUCCCCGAACAAGCUGCACUUUGCGCUCUCCAUCAUGAACGUCAUCGACUUUAUGGCCAUCAUGCCUUUCUACGUGGUCCUGUCUCUGACCUACCUCGGUACCACAUCCAUGAUGGAGCUGGCUAACGUCCAACAGGCUGUUCAGGCACUCCGCAUCAUGCGUAUCGCGCGUAUUUUCAAGCUGGCGCGCCACUCCUCCGGACUGCAGACUCUGACUUACGCGCUGAAGAGGAGCCUCAAAGAGCUGGGGCUGCUCCUCAUGUACAUGAGCGUCGGGAUCUUCGUGUUCUCUGCGCUGGCCUACACCAUGGAGCAAAGCCACCCAGAGACCCUGUUCCGGAGCAUCCCGCAGUCUUUUUGGUGGGCCAUCAUCACCAUGACCACGGUGGGCUAUGGAGACAUCUACCCAAAAACCACACUCGGCAAGUGCAACGCAGCCGUGAGCUUUCUGUGCGGGGUGAUAGCCAUCGCCUUGCCGAUCCACCCCAUCAUCAAUAACUUUGUUAUCUUCUACAAUAAGCAGAAAGUGCUGGAGACAGCAGCAAAGCACGAGGUGGAGCUGAUGGAGCUGAAGUCUGGCAGGGACACGCGCAGAAAAAGUAGGAAUUAAGAGGAGACUGUGGGCGCACCAAGAGUGUGAGCCAGUUAAGACUUUUUAAAACUUGUCAUUGCCGUCACAUUGAAUUGUAGAAGCAAGUUCACAUCCAAACUAAAUGUUAAAAUAAGAGUAAAAAAAUGUGUCCAUAGUCCAAAGUUGUCCAUAAUUAUAUUCACCAAAAACAAAAAUUGAAACAUCUAAAGGUAAAGUUUAGAAGUAAAAUUAGGAAGCUGUAUGCAAUACUUUGAUUUAAGACAUUUGGACCUGCAGACACCCUGGUAGAGCUCCAUACAGUGACACCUGUACAUAGCACCAUAAUAGAGUUGUUGUCUUUACUCUGCUGUCGCUUUCUCUGGGAAAUUUGUGAUGUGUUGCUUUUG